UACUAAUUAGUUUCCGUUUAAAUCGAAGUCCAGAUAUUGUGUAUUUAUCUGCAAGCAGACUGCAAAACAACAUCCUCUUGUACAACUUCCAUCUGACUGUUCGUCUUUUCGCUUUUUUCCAUCAAGUGAUUGUCAAAUGAAUCGCCCGUCGACAUUAGUUUCGGUCAAAUGGCUCGCAGAAAAAUUGGCGAUUGGGGCGAAAGGGUUGCGAAUACUUGAUUCUUCUUGGCACCUGCCUAACUCGGGCAGAAAUGGUGCACAGGAGUACGCUGAAAAACACAUCCCAGGGGCAUUGUUCUUUGAUAUUGACGCAUGCUGUGACAAAACGUCUAGCUUAGAUCACAUGUUGCCAUCUCCACAGGAUUUUGAGAAAUAUGUGGGGAGUCUGGGAAUAAGCAACAAUACCCAUGUUAUUGUGUAUGACAAUAAUGAGACUUUCGGGGUGUUCUCCUGCCCAAGAGUUUGGUGGACCUUCAAGGUGUUUGGGCAUGAUUCCGUGUCCAUACUGAAUGGAGGUCUGCCACAGUGGUGUGCCAACAACUUCGAAGUCACUAAAGAAGUACCACAAGUGCAACCAGAAAUAUUCAAAGCUAACUUUUUAUCUCAUCUUGUCAAAAGUUUUGAAGAUGUCAAGGCUAAUCUAACUUCUGCUGAUUAUCAAGUUGUAGAUGCAAGGGCUUCUGGAAGAUUCAAUGGUACUUCGCCAGAACCAAGACCAGAUAUUAAGCCGGGCCACAUCCCUGGCUCUGUCAAUCUCCCAUUCAUGAACAUCAUGGACCCAGAGACAAAGACUGUGAAAAGCCCAGAGGAGCUAAAACAUCUGUUUGAUGUGGCCAAAAUUGAUCUGCAGAAACCAGUGAUUGCCUCUUGUGGAUCAGGUGUGACAGCCUGCUGUGUGGUGCUGGCAGCAGAACUGUGUGGGAAGGAGGAUGUUGCUGUGUAUGAUGGAGCAUGGACAGAAUGGUUCCUGAGAGCCAAGCCAGACCAAAUGGACAACUGCCCUAAAGACUGAACUCAGAGGCAAAAGCAAAACUUCAUUUUAUACAUUUUUUGUUUUGAGUUUUUGGUGUUUUCAAAAAGUUGGAAUGUUGAGAAUAAUAUGGCAAAAAUAGAAAACACACCAGUUACUGUGUUUCUGGUCUCAUGUUAUAUUUAUACAUGUAUGCAGGUUUUAAAGGAAAUUAUUCAUUGAUGUAUUUUUAUACAUGUACAGUGCCGCUGCUUUUGUUAUUUCUGUGGAAAAAUAUAAACGUUCUUGGUCUGAGGGCAAUCUGUAACUUCAUCCGAGAAAUCAACACUUCCUUAACCCUUUGUCGAGAAGGGUUAAAGAUUUAUCUAUAUAUCAUAUUGUAAUGCAUGUCAACCCCCAAGAAUCAUUGUCAGGUUGGUGUGACAGUUAUAAGGAAGAAUAUUGUAUUCAUGUUUCUACUCUCCGCAUUGCUGCAUCUGGAGAUCUGGCAGUGAAAUAUUGGUAUACAUAUAAUUAUACAUAAUUUAUACCAGUGCAUGAAGCUUACAAUAUAUGUAUGCCUGAAGAAUUAUAGAUUAACUGAUAGCGAGUUCUCCAGAGGAUAUUCUAGUGCUAAUGAUUAUGUGUGUUAACCUUUAUUCUGUGUGUACAUCAGCUACUGCAUUUUACCUAAAGUUUGGUAUAUGUAAAAAUGCACCAUCAGAAGCAGAGAAGACCAUACAUUGACAUUUUUAAGACCAACACUUAUGUUUUUUGGUAGGUUCUUAGUCAAACUUCACAAAAAUUCUUAAGUGGCACUAUAACAUAAGGUGAAUGACCCAGUCAGCAUCAUGCAAAAUGUGUCACUUGAAAAAUGGUAAGCUUCAGGUGAAAUACAGUAUUCAGCUGAUGAAAUGUGCCCUAAAUGACCAUAAAUUUUGUCCAUUACUAACUUGUCCAUUUUUCCUGGUUCUGAGAGUUCUAUUGAUUUUAGAAAGAUAUUUUGAGGUUUGUUUGGAACACGGGAUGAUGUUGUACUGGAAAAUUGUAAGUUUCACAAACAGAAAUAAUAUUUUGUGACAUUUAUUUGCCUUUAAAAUUCACUUUUGUGGGCAAAAUUUGGGGUCAUUUAGGGUAAGUCAUGUUAUCGUUAGUGAAAAAAGUUUUGAUAAAAAUCAUUAUAUAACUUAACAUGAUUACAUGUAAAUAAAUCAUGAAACUGAUUUCAAGAGCUUUGUUGCCAAAGAUUUUUAUGUAUGACACCCCUGUACUGAUUUCAAGAGCAUUCAUUGUUCCCAAAGAUCUUCUUCUAUAAAAUCCUUGUACCUGGGAUUAUGUCAAACUUAAUCCCAGAAUACGACUAAAUGCAGAAACUAUGAAGGAGUAAUCCUCAGCAGGCCCAGUCUUUCUUAUUCACUAAACGGUGUACUGAUGAUCUGCUGGCUUUAAACUAUCCAUGUAUAGCAAAGGCUGUGAAAGAUAUUUACCCACCUUCUCUGGAUUUAAAGGAAACCACAGACUCUUCAGAUGGUACAUCUUAUCUGGACCUAUAUUUGUACAAAUAUCAAAACGGUUUCCUCUCACCCGGACUUUACGACUAAAGGAAUGGUUCCAGUUUUAACAUUUUAAUUAUCCCUUCUUGGACCAUGGACGUAUAUAUAUCUCCAUGCUUGGACAGCCAUAUACCGAAGGGCCCUGUAUGUGACGUGUACAUAGCCCGCCUUUUAGCAUAUGUUGGAUCCUGAUCUGUGUUUUGCGUAACGAUUUUAAUCAAAGUCACAAGUUAUUACUACAAAUACUUGUGUAUCAAGCACCAAACGCCCUCACUCUAAGUGUCAUAAGUUUUACAAUGAGUAUGUAUAAUUCUCUUGUAAGUAGAUAUGAACAGAGUGUUGAGAUGGCUUUUUGAACACUUGCAAUCAAAACGCAACGAAGAUACAUAUUUUAUUAUGGACAACCUUUACGUUAGCAUGGUUCACGAUUUCAAUACUGAAUUCACUCUUUCGUUUAGAACAUGCCUUGCGUCUUUCAAACAUCAUUAAAAACAGUUGACCGCUUCUAUUUGCAUGAUUCCGGCCAAAUUUCCUACUUCAUAUACUUUCUUAGUUCUUUUCUGUAAUUCAUAUAACAGAAAAGACCAUAUUGCAUUAGGUUCUACAGAAAAUAUUGUAGUACUCAUGAUUGUAUAACGUUGAUUCUUUGUGUACAUCAGCUAUUCUCUAACUAGAAUGCGAGUCACGUUUUCCUAUACAGAUAGGUCUUCAUAUGCAUGCAUUACACAUGAGGAAUUGAAGUAAAUGUUCAUGGACUCGUAUAGAUCCAUCAACUUUCAAGUUGCAAGUGGUUAAAAAGACAAACUCAGGACAAGGAAGA